AUGGACAGCACCCGUCAUGAAGACGAAACGGAUGAUCCGAUCCCGAGGGAAUCCCAAAUAGAUCAGAUCCUACGCCGGAAACGCAAGGCGCGCAAAGCCCGCGUGUGCUACCCUUGCAGGCAGAGGAAGGUGAAAUGCGACUAUGGAACUCCAUGCCAGCGCUGCAUAGACCGAGAGCAUCCCGACUUAUGUUCCUAUCAACAGCCACCAAAAGCACGAUCGCUCGAUCCCACCUUUACCUCAUCUCCGGCCGAAGUUGCUAGACCAGUGGCUGCCGAAGGACGGUCGCCAGAAGACAGGACUUUAUGGUCGGAGCUGGAGAGCGUCAAGGCUCUACUACAAGAUGUACAAGGCAAGCUCCAAAGCAAAACGACUUCUCAAACGCAGGCUGCAAGCCACCCUGCCGAGCAAGACCCAAGAGAUGUGCAUCGGACUCCCUCUGGGGUGCAAGCUCCAACUGCGCUCCUUGGAGACUUUGUCCAUAUAGGGCGUCACUCUGUUCCCGCCAUGGUCAUGGCAUUAGGCACCAGAAGCGACGAGGUAGCUGUGCAAGACAUCAUUGGCAAGAGUGCCCUGCCCCUUUUCGGCUUAGAUAACGAAAGCGCAACAUAUCCGUUUGUCGAUCUUUGGGGUUUGCCUACGGGUUCCUCCACACGUGUUCACGAGAUUUGUAAAAUCGUACCCUCGGACGCUGAAUGCUUCCAAUUCCUUCGCCAGUAUCGAGAUGUUGCUCAUAUUCUGUACCCAGCAGUAGUCGACAUUGACCAGCUGGAGGCGGACUUGACCCAGUUCCUCAUCAGCCGAUCCAGCCAACAAUUGCCAAUCGACAACUACGUCAACGCAUCAUCGACCGUUUACGGGAAGAGCCUGCACUGGCUCAGUCUCAUGUUUGCUUGCCUUGCAUCUGGCUGUCAAGCUUCCUCGCUCCCCCGAAAGGAACGUCAUCUAACCUCUCAAGUCUACGUGUGUUGCGCUUACGAAUGUCUCCGGUGUGUCAAUUACCUUUGCCAUCCGACGGUGUUGGACAUACAGUCGCUGUUGGUUCUCGGAAAUGUCAUCGCAAACAAUAUGAAUGCCGGUGUUGCCUGGUCGUUACUAGGGCUGACGAUUAGAUUAGCAAUUACCAUCGGCUUGCACGAAGCCACCGAUUCACCUGACCACUCGACUGAGAUGCAUUCCCGACGUGAACUCUGGUGGCGGAUUCUUUGGCAAGACAGUUUGCUGUCAAUUACCUUCGAUCGCGCCCCGUCAAGUUUCAUGUUCGCCUCCGCACAAUCUCAGCAGAGACAAGCUUCCGCCAUGACAGACAUGUCGUACGUCGAGUGCAUGAAGAGCCUUUGCAGUACUGGGUUGCAUAUCGUCCAAGAGCGCUCAAUCUCAUCAGAUCUGCACUGGGAACCUUCGAACAUGCUCAAGGUGCAAGAAGAACUCGCCGAUAUCUUGAGACACGCAGCACCGCACCUACGGGACGUCACCAACUGCCGCUCGAUUAGGGACCAGCUCGAGCAUUGGUGUUUUGAUCUCCACAUCUCAUUUUUCACUUCGGAGGUGUUCCGUCCGCUGCUAAAGCAUCAGAAACCGAACGCAGAGCAGCUGAUCCAGCUCCGAGACAUCUGUAUCGAGAGCCUGGCCAAGACGGUUCAUGCAUUCCUGGGACUUCAGAACGUGGCAUCAAGCGUCAAGACUUCCUGGGCGGUCCUGCAGAAGGCGCUCAGUUCUGCUUUGAUGUUGAGCAUAUUGCAGGAACCGUUAAGGGAUAAGCUUGUGAAGACUUUGCUGGACGGUUUCAUGGCUGUCAUGAUGGAUCUGAACUCCGGCCUUGGGCCUUCUGAGCUGCCGGCGCCCCUGUCUCGGUCGAUCGCUGCGCUGCAGCGGCUCCUGGCUCUGCCUGCGAACGGUAACCUCAGCGCAAGUCGAAUAGUCCACCAUCAGCUGGAGCCAGGCCAAGACAUCGAGGAACUCGCGAACAAAACGAAAUCACCACACUCAAUGUCGUCGUCGUCGCAAAGUGGAGGGUCGCCGUACACCUUGAGGGACAGUAUCCUUUGGGGAGGUCCAGGUCAUGGUAUGACACCAGGAUGA